UAACAGUGAUGCCGCGUUUUGCUGAACAAGUGGAAGUCGCUAUUGAAGCCCUGAGUGCAAACGUCCCACAACCGUUUGAAGAGAAUGAGUUCAUUGAUGCCUCUCGCUUGGUUUAUGAUGGUGUUCGGGACAUCAGGAAAGCUGUACUGAUGAUAAGGACUCCUGAGGAGCUAGAGGAUGAUUCUGAUUUUGAACAGGAAGAUUAUGAUGUUCGGAGCCGGACAAGUGUUCAGACUGAAGAUGAUCAGCUUAUUGCUGGCCAAAGUGCAAGGGCAAUCAUGGCUCAGCUUCCCCAAGAGGAAAAGGCGAAAAUAGCUGAGCAGGUAGAGAUAUUCCACCAAGAAAAGAGCAAGCUGGAUGCUGAAGUGGCCAAAUGGGAUGACAGUGGCAAUGACAUCAUUGUCUUGGCCAAGCAGAUGUGCAUGAUCAUGAUGGAGAUGACAGAUUUCACCAGGGGUAAGGGGCCAUUGAAGAAUACAUCUGAUGUCAUAAAUGCUGCCAAGAAGAUUGCAGAAGCUGGUUCCAGAAUGGACAAACUGGCUCGUGCUGUGGCUGAUCAGUGUCCUGAUUCAGCCUGUAAGCAAGACCUACUAGCAUAUCUUCAACGUAUUGCCCUUUACUGUCACCAGCUUAAUAUCUGUAGCAAGGUCAAAGCAGAAGUCCAAAACUUAGGAGGAGAACUGAUUGUUUCCGGGCUGGACAGCGCUACAUCCCUCAUUCAAGCAGCUAAAAACCUGAUGAACGCCGUGGUUCUUACUGUGAAAGCUUCAUACGUGGCUUCAACCAAAUAUCAAAAAGUCUAUGGCACCGCUGCUGUCAACUCACCUGUGGUAUCUUGGAAGAUGAAGGCCCCAGAAAAGAAACCGUUAGUCAAGAGAGAAAAGCCGGAGGAGUAUCAGACAAGAGUGCGAAGAGGUUCUCAGAAGAAACACAUUUCUCCGGUACAGGCUCUAAGUGAAUUUAAAGCGAUGGAUUCCUUCUAAUUCACUGAGCUUCACCACAAGGGGUUUUAUAUUUCCUUCCAUGUUUUUGUAUGCAUACCUGCCGACUUGUAUGUGUCUGGCAUGGGGUGGUGGUGGGGAGAACCAGGAUAAUAAAGCAGUGUCAAUUUGCAUGCAACUGAGACUCUAUUAAGCCAUCGUACAGUUUUCCUUCCCAAAAGACACAUGGUGUUUCUUACGUUGACUAGAGGCCCAUCUCACUGACCUCUUUCCUAAAGUAGCAAAAAAAAAAAGGUUUUAUUUUAUUUUAUUUAUUUUUUUAAAAAGGCCUUUAAAAAAAAUGCAUUGUAAGAUCAGGAGAGGGAAGGAGAGAUCGUCAGCUGCAAAGGAUGGAAAGGGAAGUGUUAAUCCACACACGGAACAAUAGGUUGCCAGGAAUAUUUGCAGACAGGGAACCUGGAAAGUGCAAUGGGAAUCUCUAACAGCUUGCAUCGCUUUUGUUACAGUGCAUUUACGUAACUAGCCAAUGUGCUUGAAUGUGUGGCCUGAAUAAUGAGGCGAUUUAACUUUGAGUCAUCUUCAUUAUGGUAUGUGAAUUUUUAACUGAGAUGGUGAUUAAAAAACCAAAAUGAAUUCUUCCUUUAACUCACCUUUUUUUCUUUCGUUUCUAGUAGUGUUAUGACGAUGAUUCUCAUCUAACAUGAACUAUUGCCCUCUCUAUCCCUCUCUCUCUGUCUCUUUCCAACUUGUUUUAUUUUUCAAACUGAGUUUCUUCUGGUGGAGUAUGAAGCACAACAUGGUGGUUGACAUUGCCUUUUGUAUUAUUAUAAUUAUGAUAAUUAUUAAUAUUAUUAGAAAUAGAGCCGGUGGUGGAAUGUGUAGAAACAUGGGAACUGACAUAUGUCAGAAUUUAGAAACAAAUAUGUAGGUGUAGCUUUGGAUUACAGCAAGAUAUCCAAUAUACCAUCAUAACCGCUAACUCAAUAAACUUAU